AUGCCCCCGCUCCGACACAACUUCUUCCGCUUUCCCAUGUCUCCAAUAUCAGACUUAGCAGCUUCAGACACCCUGACCCUCCCAGAUGCCCGAAAACUAGGUUACGCCCAAUAUGGCUCCCUGACAUGGCGGCCUAUACUUUACCAACACGGCCUUCCAGGCUCUCGCAUUGAGGCUGCUGUUUUUGAUGAACUGGGUGAAAAAUAUGCAGUCCGUAUCAUCGCCAUAGACAGCCUGGUUGUGGUUGGAGUUCACCCCACCCAGAUCGAACACUUCUCAAUCAUCCAAAAGACUUGGAAUGCCUUGCAGAGCAUCUCGGGCUGGAUGAGUAUUGUAGGAUAUCAGGAGGUGGGCCAUACGCCCUUGCUUGCGCAAUGGCCUUACCCCGCGAAAAACUCAAUGGUUUUCCAUCACGAACCAGCAGCACAGCUAGACCUGAGUGGUGAGAAGUGUCUUCAGCUCACGCAGCAGCUUGUGGCUAAAGCUGAGGCUACAGCCCAUGAAACACAGGAAGAUUAUGCUCAGGGGUUUGAUGGGGUUACUCAGGAUGACAGGUUGGUGGCAUCUGACUUUGGCUUUCGAAUAGAGGAUAUCUGCCUCGACUUACCUGUACAGCUGUGGCAUGGGAAGUAUGAUAGGUUUGUUCCCCUCAAUCAUGGCGAGUAA